AGCAGUAUUCAGCAGUCGUUCAGCAGUCGUUCAGCAGUAUUCAGCAGUCGUUCAGCAGUCGUUCAGCAGUAUUCAGCAGUCGUUCAGCAGACAAUGCAGUACACGAAGACCCAGGGGUUGCUAUUGAGUUUGGUGGUGUCGACGGUGUACGUUGGCAGCUUCAGGCUAUGGAAGCCAGCGGCCGUAGAGGGCCGGAACCGGGACGACCCAGUUGUGAUCAGACACCGAUUGCAAAGAAUCAGCGUUUUAUGUGGAAUACUUGUAUUGGUGGUACCGUACGUGCUUGCGCAAGUGUACGGGGUAGGCAGCUUUGGGGCCAAUCUUGUGAGGUUGUUCAGUGAUGGGGGCAGCACCAGCAGGGCAGUCAGGGAUAUGGUUGGGUCUGGAGGGUUGAUGGGAGUGCUCUACAUGGGACCUAUAUUUGAGUAUUUGACCGAUAUCGACGUUGAAGAUUUCAUAUAUGAUUUCAAAAGCGAGCUUUGCACGUUGCAAGGAUUCAGGGAUCACGUAUUUGCUCCCUUCACCGAAGAAUUGGUGUAUAGAGCCAUCGUUUACCAAUUAUUACAACCCAUUGCGUCUGAUAAAAAAAUCAUGCUCUUGCUGCCAAUUCUUUUUGGAGUGGCCCAUAUCCAUCAUGCCUACGAGUUGUACCGUACCAAGGACCUUCCGGUGUCGAUUGUAGCAUUCGACGCUCUAGUGAAAACCACUUACACUACGAUUUUUGGCAUCUUGGCCAACUAUAUCUAUUUCACCAAAUUUGAAUCAACCAAUUUGGGUGCCAGCACCCUAAUCCACACCAUAUGCAAUCUUAUUGGGUUCCCCACCAUCAUUCUCUCGCAGAGGUCAUAUUUGGUUAACAUACUCUACUAUCUUCUAAUCAUCGCCGGUAUCCUUGGCUUCUACCAUCUUUUAUAGCUAAUCUAAUCACCUUGAAAUAAAUAUUACCGUUUUCGUGUUGCAUUCUCAAGUAGUUUUGAAACCUUUUAUUUCGAGGUGUUGGUGUACCUACUGCUUCAUUCGUGGUAGAUCAUUGUCCGAAUACUACUUGGUAGGGCGCUUUGUUACCAUUGUGAUUAAGCAUUGUCAUUUAGGAUCAAUCCUGUCGUGUUUUUCUGGCGUUUUUCAUUCUCUGUCUCUCUUUCUUUGAUUCUUUAGAUUUUUCUCUAUUAUUUUUUUUUUCUUUCUUUUUUUCCUAUUCAUAUUCCUUUUCAAUAUUAAUUAUCCUCUGGAUUGUGACCAUUCCUACCAGCCAUUGGGUUCCACUAAUACCUGCUUCCUCUUCGUCUAUACUUAGAUCACACUACUCGU